AAGGAUGAACUACACACUUGUUAUUAUAACUUUGUGAUAUAUCAUAUCAUAUAAGAGAGAUGAGCCUUAAAAGAAAGUUAGUUUCUGAGAUAGAGAUCAAGUCUGAAGUAGAUAUUCUCCAUGAAAUAUUUAGGUAUAGACCACAUCAUAUUUUCAACAUGUGCCCUGAUAAGAUACAAAAUGUUGACAUUCAUGAAGGUGAAUGGGGCACUGUUGGCUCUGUUAUCUCUUGGAACUUCACUCAUGAUGGGAAAGAGAAGGUGGUAAAGGAAAUAGUUGAAGAAAUAGAUGAAGAAAAGAAGUUGAUUAAAAAAAAGAUAAUUGAAGGAGAUCUGUUGGAGGAUUACAAAUCAUUUUGCAUCACUGCUCAUGUUGAUACAAAGGAUGAAAACAAUUUAGUUACUUGGAUUUUGGAAUAUGAAAAGAAGAAUGCAAAUGUGUCAGAUCCACACACUUUCAUGAAACUUUGCCUCAAUAUGACCAAAGAUAUUGAGACUUACCACAUCAAGUGAUACAUAAAUAUAUGUACUUGGAAUAAAAUGUAGUGAUAUUGAUAAACAAAAAUAAAAGUUGCUAGUUGGAUUUCCCUAGCCAGCCAUUUAACCUUUUGAUGAUCUUGGCUAGCAUACCACAAAACAACACAAUUUCAUUUUACCAAAGUAUAUUGGACAGAGGCGUAUCCAAGGAGGGGUC